AUAAAACCUCAACGUAGAAAAGAAUGGCACAUCUGCUACUUGCAUCUACUUCUUAAAACUGUCAAAUAAGCUUAGAGCUUCAAGCACAAAUUUCCGUAAUCGUGUUUGGUAGUUGUACAAUUGCUUGUUUACUUACUGAAUCAUGUCAAAAAAAGCUAUAAUAGAGGAAACUAUUGAUACAGGAAUCCAAUAUGCAGUAGUUAUGUCAGUCAAAAUAGAAAAGAGCAGCUUUUUCUGUGUUCAGUAUUCAGUCAAAUUCGAUGGUCUCAUUCAACCUGUUCGAGCAGUUCAUGCUGACAUAUUAGUGAAUCUGCAGAUCUUUUGUGUCUAGAUUAGGUUGCUUUUUGUAGUUUGUGUCUAAUUCAUAUUCCCAUGUGCUUAAUGUCUUGAAUACCAUAUAAAGUUACUUUGUGCAUUUUUUUCUUUUUGACUGAAAUAGUUGUGCGUAUAUUCAGCUUUGAUUUAUUUAAAGGAUAGGCAUGAGUGAUGCCAGAUCAUUGUCUUUUAGAAUUGACCACUACUUACUCUCUUGGCAAGUUAUCUGAAGUAAAUUGGUGACAUCCUAAUAAAUCAUUUUACUACCUUUAGUAUUGGUGCAUGAUUUUCUUUUAACUGCAUGAGCUGAUUUACAUUGAAUGUGUUUUUAAAAUUGGAUUGAUUCUAUCUGAUCCAAUUGCAUCUCUGAAAGACAACUUUUCUUCUCUUUUUUCUUUUCUGAACUUUGGAAACCGAUUACAUUAGCAUUCUAAAUCAGAAUAAUGGAAAUGUGACAAAAAUUUGUUUUACAUGUAAGAUCCUAUUAUGAUAGAGUCCUAAGAAACUUUUGAUAGAUCUUAUAGUGCAUCUAACUUUCACUAAGUGAUGCAAGUAUUAGUGGAAGAAAAUGGAAGCACUUUCCUUCCAUGGGAAGGCUGACUGAUCAUUCUCUGAUCUCAUUCAGUAUAUUCACUUUCCAGAUAGACAAAGAAAGUUAAUAUUGUCCCCUCUAGCUGAAAGAUUCAACAAAGCCACCACCAAAAAGACAGCAGAACAAGCUGCUGACUCAAUGAUGUGUCAGGCAUGAUGGGCAACCUUAAUAUGAUAGUUUAAGUGAUAACAAUAAAAAAGAAACUGGUGGUAUUCUGUUCAAUCUAAGCACAUGGAAUGUCCUUGAAUGAUAAAUGUGAUUAGCUCACAAUCCAGAGUUCUUUUCCUUUUACAGUUGCAAGCAGUCUUCUCUGGUUCAUGUCACAAGAAGAAAAAUCCAGUAUAGCUAAUUUCCUAGGUUGCUGUAAAUUACUUGGUGCUUCUCAAUACUUGGAAAUUCCUGCAAUCCAUAAACAUUUUUGUAGAAUUUGAUUGGUUCAAUAAUACCACAAGUAGUGGAGAUGCCAGUACCUGGAAAUAGUGGAAACCCACUGCAAAGAUAAGUUCAGAAGAACUUUUGGUUCUUAUCCUUUUUACUAGGAUCAUGACUAUGCUUUUGUGCUAAAUGAGGUGAUGAGGACUCUCCUCUUUUUCUCUUCUUGCUUUAUGAGUAUGCCUUUAUAACCGAUGACAUUAGGAUGACUGUGCAUCACAACUCAAGAUGAUCAAUACAAAGCCACAUUGUCACCUUAUAAAAGCAGACUUGCUAGUCUGAUAGAAGCCAAGCAUCUCAUAUAGCAGUGUCGGUAAAAAACGUGAGCUUGAUUUCAACAUGAAGAUCCCAAACAGCAACCAAGUGGCAGGAAUUCCAUUCAAGUCCCUUCAAACUGUUUCUGAAUCCAGAAGAUUAUGUCUUCAUUCUACCUCCUCUAGGUGCUCCCGGUACAAACAAAAAAAACUGGAUUUGGUGAUUGAUUGGAUGAGCAAGUUCAGCAAAAAAGCAGACGGCUACGCAAAAAGCAUUCGGGAUCAUGUGAGCUUAGGCACAAACUUCUCGGAAACUUUGAAGGGAAAGUUCAGCCUAGGCGCGAAGAUUCUUAAAGCCGGAGGUGUUGAGUGUGUCUUCAGGAAAAAAUUCUGUGUCGAAAAAGGAGAGAAGCUGCUGAAGGCUUUCCAGUGCUAUUUGUCAACCACAGCUGGUCCCAUUGCGGGGCUGCUCUUUGUUUCCAAUAAAAAGCUUGCAUUCCACAGUGACAGAUCUCUCAGACUCAUCUCUUCAAAAGGAAACGUAACCAGAGUCCCUUACAAGGUUUUGAUCCCAGUAAAUAGGGUUAAAAGUGUCAGUCCAAGUGAGAGCUAUGACAAGCCUAACCAAAAAUUCAUUCAGAUUGUUACAGUGGAUGGAUUUGAGUUUUGGUUUAUGGGCUUCCUCAGUUACCAGAGAUGUUUCAAGUGUUUAAGACGAGCCAUGUCAGAAUCCCAAGUUGGAGUUUUGCAAUUGACUCAUUCGAUCGAAGUCUGAAGCCGUCUCUGCAUGUAUUCCACACACGAAUUCAGUAUAAUGUAAUUAUGAAGACUGAAUUCCUUUGUUUAUUUAUUGUCUUUGAAAAAGAAGAAAAUUAUAUUAAAUAUAAUUGAAAAGAUAGAUCUGGUGAUACCAAAAAAAA